AUGAUAUCAACUACCACUAGCAGUAGCAUCACAACAACAACAACAACAGCAAUGACAACUACAACAACCACAACAGUAACAACAACAACUACGACGACAUCGACCACAAGUGUAACAACAACAACCAGUACGACGACAAAAACAACAACAACAACAACAACAACAACAACAACAACUGCUACAACAUCGUGCAUAUCUCCAUGUAUUUGUGCUGGAGUUGCGUCGUACACCCAGUGGCAAGCUUAUUCCACUGAUGGUAUGACUAUGACAAUCAGUACAAGUGGUUGUAAUUUCGUCCAGACGCCUCAAUACUAUACUAGCAUAGGCGGAACGAGUAAUCAUUGGUCUUUGUCGGGUUACGACUCUAUUUAUUCACCGUCAAGCACUUCUUUCACAAUCUAUUCUAUGAAUAUGGCUGGUUGGAGUUCAUCAACAAUGGUGAGCUAUGCAAAUUCUUACUCCUGGAAUGUUUAUUGGGUGGGUAUAUAUGACUAA